AUGCCGGAUAUUUAUGUUAAUUUCAUCCAAGGUGGAAAUAAUUUGGAAGGACUAUAUAUGACAACAAAAUUAGGCGAAAAAAACUGGAAAGCAAACUGGAAUGUCCUUUUUGCAAUUGUUUAUACUACGAUAACACCGGCUAAAAUUGGUGCUGGGGAUGAGCAAAAUGUUGUAUGUUAUUGA